AACAUGGUAAACAACAUUGGAGUGGUUCUCUCAUAAUUCGCCGUCUUCCCAAGCCUUGAGUUCGUCCCAGAUAACAUCCAAGUUCAGUACAACCAAGCCCUAGAAUCCGGUUCCUCUCUGUUGUUACCGAAAAUGCAGAUUCGAUCUAGUUUGAGUCGCUUGCUGGGCAACUUUCUGAUUCUCAGUCUGUCGGCAUGUAUCGUCACCUCCGCAAUUAGCCUCAAUUCCGUUCUGCGCGGCUUACCACACAAUAUUUUCCAACGAAGCCUACCGGGGUCCCUUGCAACUGCUCCUGAAGGAGCAGUGGGUUACUAUCAACCGCCGCCAGGUCCAAUUGACAAUCCAUACAUAUCAAACGCAGCUCUCGGACUACCAGAGGCGACAGAGGUAAACUCCGGGUCGGCCACUACCGAGAUAAGGCAUGAUGAAACACGCAAAAACGUUGCCCCUACAGAGACCGGGGGAGUGAAGGCAGUGGCGCAGACAGGAUCAGCAGAAAAGGAUAAAGUGCGGUCUUGGGCUGGUCUGUUAGUUUGGGCUUUUGCCUCUUUGUUAAGCCUGUGAUUAGAAACGUUUUCUCUCCUUCCCCCCUCCUCCGAUUGAUGUCAGCUUUUCUCCAUCGGGGGUUGUUUGGUGCUUGAAGGUAACCCUCGAGACUCGAUAACCGCCGUGACUUGUACAAAGUUUAGUUCACAAUCAUAUUCAAUACAUUCUUCUCAAUACCCAGCAAGUUGAAGCUACCGUUCACCACUAUAGGUAUUCUUUAGGCUCGCGCCAGUAUGUAGGUUCCAAG